AUGGGUCUUCCAAUGGUACAGGUGUUUAUGAUUGCGGCCCGGCAAAUUUCAAGGCCAAUAGCCGAUCGGGUGAUCAGAUAUGGGAAGACACAUGGGGUGUUCCGUAAUCGAUUGUUGAUUCCGCUCGGAAGAGGUUUGGCGCAUUUAACGACUCGUUUACGAAUGAAACAUUUGGGGUUGGGAAGGCCGGCCACUUUAGCUCCGGUCUCCGAAGAAGCAGCCUUAGAACAGGUAGCUUUUUCAGAUUUCCAUCGACACCUUGAUUUUUUUUUUGACUUCGUCGUUUUGAAACUUGUUCCUAAAAUUUUCUCACUCACGAUCAGUUCGGUUUUCAUCUUGUGA